UUGAUCAAUGGCAGUAACUCAAGCAAAACGGGAAUAUUCAGAGGCUAUAUCGUAAUAUAAAUAUAUAGACUAUUACAGGUAUCCAGAUACUGAAACCGGUUCUAUAUAUGCAUUUCUUAUUAAAGUAUUUUGUGUAACGAGCAGACUACGUAAGUAUAGAAACAAAUAAAUUUAAUGGUCUGGAUAGUCCAUCCGAUACAAACUAAAUUACGUUCCUCAUAGAUUAUUCACAAUUUACUAUGCUAUGUUCUGUUGUGGUUAACGUAAUGUUUCGACAUUAAACAUGUUUUGCACCCCGUCCGGACAUCGCAUUCCGGGAUGGAGCGCCGACAGACCCCGCGCCCGGAACGCCCCCGCCGGGAGGCUGCGCCCCAGCGGCCGGGGCGGGCUGCAGGUGGCUCCCGAGGACACACACCGCUGAGGAUACGGACAGGGGGGAUACUAAUACCUAUUACAGGAGGGGAUGGCGGAUAAACACCGCGGUACUGAGUGGUGAUCACUGUGAACUUCCCCUGCUGGCCGGAGAAAAAAAAACUGGCAAGAUCCUCAUGUCGCAGUUAACUGCGUCUUAAACGCUAUGAAAAACAUUGUGGUUUGAUCAUUAGACGCGCUGUUAGAUACUUUAUGAAUUAGACUGGGAGGAAACACGAAUUCAUUCAUGAAAGGGAAAAAAGGUUUUCCGAUGCACGACCCGAAGAUUGCGCAGCAUGUGGAGGAGCUGAAGCGGGCUACGAGCAGGAGACCCCGCCUGGGAGAGUCGGAGGAGGAUCCGCCAGACGGCGCAGAGGCGAAUGACGUCCAUGCGUUGGUGGAUGAAGAGGCUGAUGGUGGUGAACAUCGGGUGAGGUUGAACGCCUUCCAACAUAAAGCCACUAUCCGCCAGCCCUGUGAACGUGUCCCAUCCGGCGAGACAGCCAGCCAUGUGCCUGGGAAUGGCGAGAGGUGUUUAAAUGGACGGGGACUGCCGCCCAAACCACCAGUGCCUACCAAGCCGCCUCAACUCCAGAACCUGCUGACAGAACUGCAUCCAACUGCUGCCCAGACGGGAGAUCUCGGAGGCGCAAUGGAGGAGGGCAGGGUCAGGAUCCGGGAGAGGAAAUCCCAGGUGUCUGCCCUCAUCAGCCGCUUUGAAGAGAACAGCGAGGUGAAAAGGGAAGGCUCGCUGCAGAGAUCGCCCCUCAGAUCACCCAGCUGCAACCCAGGGAGCAGACCCCCAUCGAAGUGGAAGGAGCCCCUGCAGGAGAGACCCACCCUGAGCGCGAGCUCACAGACCGCGACGAAUGCCCCAGAUACCGCCCCCGAUGACAGCAAGAUGGAGCCUCAGGCGGCCACCGUGGUCCUGGUCAACGGGGAUGGAGAGGACAAGCACCCGGAGCCUUCAGCAGAGAUCGAAGGCACAUGUGCAGAGCUGAGUAUAGCGACUGACAUGCAGGAGACGGAGGAGGAGGAGGGGCAGCAUGAGGAUGAGGGUCCGCAUGAGGAUGAGGGUCCGCAGGAGGCGAGCAAAGACGAGGAGAAGGAAGAGGCAAAGGAAAGCAAUGAGGAGAAGCUGUACAAGAUAGCCAAUGAGCUGCUGAUGACAGAGAGAGCCUAUGUGGCCCGACUCAACCUGCUGGAUAAGGUGUUCCGUGCUAAAUUGACAGACGAGGGUCAGAAGGGCACAUACCCAGUAGAUGUGGUGAUGAAUAUCUUCUCCAACAUCUCAUCCAUCAACGCCUUCCACAGCCAGUUCCUGCUGCCAGACCUGGAGAAGCGCAUGAGCGAUUGGGCAUCGCAGCCCCGAAUCGGAGACAUUCUGCUGAAGCACACACCGUUUCUGAAGAUGUACGCUGAGUACGUGAAGAACUUUGACAAGGCCAUGGAGCUGCUGAAGAUCUGGACAGACAAGUCCCCUCAGUUUAAGGCCAUCAUUCAUGACAUUCAGAGCCAGGAGGAGUGUGCCAGCCUCACCCUGCAGCACCACAUGCUGGAGCCCGUGCAGAGGGUCCCACGCUACGAGAUGCUUCUCAAGGACUACCUGAAGAAGCUUCCCCAGGAAGCUGUAGACCGGCCAGAUGCAGAGAAAUCUUUGGAGAUCAUCGCCAUGGCGGCAACUCAUUCCAACAGCGCUAUUCAGAAGACGGAGAACCUCAAGAAGCUGUUGGAGAUCUAUGAGAUGCUGGGAGGCGAGGAGGACAUUGUGAAUGCCUCAAAUGAGUUCAUCAAGGAGGGUAGCAUCCUCAAGCUUGCGGCAAGGAACACUUCUGCUAUGGAGAGAUACCUCUUCCUGUUCAACAACAUGCUGUUCUACUGCGUGCCGAAGUUCAGCCUGGUUGGACAGAAGUAUACGGUCCGCACACGCAUCGGCAUUGAAGGUAUGGAGGUGCGAGCCACCACCAAUGAGGACUACCCCCACACAUUCCAGGUGUCUGGGAAGGAGAGGACACUCGAGCUACAGGCCAGUUCUGCAGAAGACAAAGAGGACUGGAUAAAGGCAUUCGAAAAGACAAUUGCCGUGUUCCACCAGAAGAACGAGACCUUCAAGACUGCAUCAAAGGAGGCAGAGGAUGAUAUGGCAACUGCUGAGUUGGGCAAGCGUGCCCCCCGCUGGAUCCGGGACAAUGAGGUGACCAUGUGCAUGAAGUGUAAAGAACCCUUCAACGCCCUGACGCGCCGUAGACAUCACUGCCGGGCCUGUGGUUACGUGGUGUGCUGGAAGUGUUCAGACUACAAGGCGGCACUGCAGUACGACGGCCACAAGAUGUGCAAAGUGUGCAAGGACUGCUACUCCAUUCUGUCAGGCCAGACAGAGUGCGAAGAGAGAGCCAAGAAGAAGGGCAUCUUGGAGAUUGAGGCAGCCCAGUUCUCGGGGAACAGCAUUAUGUGUGGCUUCCUACAGUACAGCGAGAAGACCAAGCCCUGGCAGAAGAUGUGGUGUGUCAUCCCUCAGACGGAGGCCCUGGUGCUGUACUUAUAUGGGGCACCUCAGGAUGUGAAGGCUCAGUCCACCAUCCCUCUGUUGGGCUAUACCGUGGAGGACUCCCCCCGACACACGGACCUACCCGCCAGCUUCCGCCUCUCCCAGUCCAAGUCGGUCCACAGCUUCGCAGCGGAGACUGAAGACCUGAAGCAGCGCUGGCUGCAGGUGAUCCGCAUGGCGGUGAAGGGGGAGGUGCUUCAGCCGUCGCCCAGCAAUGGUGGUACAUCGGAAGGUGCAGAGGAACCCAACCCUUAGACGUUUGAGACGCCACGGUGACCACGAUGGGUGUAUUUGGGCCCAGUUGGAACUUUUCACACUCCUUCAAAUAUGCUCUCAAGAAGAACAUUUUCUGACUUGAUGAACACCAGACUCCUUCAAUCUUCCAAAUAGUGCCAAUUGGCCUCUGCAAGGGCUACUCAUCCUGGCUGGAUGGUGCUGGAAACGGGUGCAGAACAAUCAAAUCAACACUAGAAUCUGUGGUCUUCUAUCACCUCCAACAUGACCCUACUGAGGUAGAGUCCCAGGGACUCGCAUCUUUUCCCAUAAGGCAGAAGAUUAUUGGACAUUGCUGGUAGGGAGAACAGACUCUGUAUCAGAGUCUGAACAGGAUAAAGGAGGACACAGCCACCAACCGUAGUCAGUUCAGUGGUACCUGGUGACCUCUGUGGUAUUAUCUGUAAUCAGUCAUACUGCCUGGCCACAAAAUCAGCAAGAGGGAACUAGGACAGCAAGACUGGGCAUCUAUCAUGGAUGUCUCCAAACACUGCAACUCAUGGCCGGUCAGAAGUGUUUUACUGACUUGAGACUAUUUGCGAAAUUCAGUUUGAGCUGCAAAUAAGCAAACCCUGGUGGGGAAUCAGAGCAGCUGCUGGGGACUUCCUACGCUGCAGCUGCCUCCCGUCCUUGGUACUCUGAAGGCAACUACAUCUAAUCCCUCAGGUCUGUCUCUGGGAGUGCAAGGCACCAUGGGUAACUUUUUUUUUUUUGCACAGUUCUGUCAAACAGCUGGUGGCAUCUGCCAUAACAUUUUUGCAUUUGAUGUGUACAGUAUUUCAGCCUGCUGGAUAGAGCAGUGGUCAGCCUUAUUCCAUCUUGUGUAAUUAAUGUAAAACUUGCUUUUGCUGAUGUGUUGGCGUGUAUAUUGACAGUUAACAUGGGUGCAAAGGGUUUGUCUUGCCGAGCUGUAUGCACAUAGACUAAAAACAAUCAAGGCCUGUGAAUGCCAAGGCCUAUAGGUAGGUGAGAGAUGCAUAAAAUGGUCUAUUUUGCAAAUUAAAGUUUGCUCUCUCGCAUGUCCGUGUAAUUCCAGCUGAGCUCUGCAAAGCUUUCAAGCUGCAGAAUAAGUCACAUGAUGCAUAUUACAUUUAACCAAAUGUGGUAAAUGGAGGUAUUUCUUUAGCAGAGUAAAUAAACAGCUUGGAUUCAC